AAAGUUCUUCGAUUGCUGCCCAUUGUCCAACCGCUCUCUCAGGCCAUAGUGCUUGUUGUGAUUUUGGAAAUCAGCCUAAAAAUUACUAGGAAUGCAUUGCUGUUGUUGCUAAAUCGAUUAAUAAUUAAAGACUCGGGAACACCUGUACCCUCGGCCAUGUUGCGACAGUUGCGUUAUCUCCUGCACAUCUGUGUUGCUGUUGUUCUAGACACGGUGUUGGGUGGUUUCCGGUGUGCGAUUACGAUCCUCUCAGUUUUCCGACCCGCUGUCGCCAUGCACAAGGUUGGGGAGGAGUCAAAUCAGCUACCGCCCAAACCGUUGAACUUUUCUUAUUCCGUUCUGGGAAUGGUUUUCGGGGAUGUGUAUAAAGCGCUGGAUGUGCUGAAUAAACGACGAGAGGAAAUUCUCGAUAGCCUUCCCGAUCCCGUUGAAGAUAUUCCCGAGGCGACGAAAACUGAAUGGAUUAUGCUGCUGCAAGCGAGGGAUGCGGCCUUUCGACAGAUUGUGGUCCAGGAAAAUACAGAAAUUUUGAAGAAGGCGGUUAUGGAGAUGUUGUAUCCCUUGCGCGAGAUGAAGAAAGUGAUGGCAGUGGAUGACUGGAAUCGUUACUGCAUGGUUAUCAGAGAACUGCAGAAAAUUAUCCCAAAUGAAGUCUUGUUGCAAGCCAUUCAGUCACAAACAUCCAGUCGUAUCUUCGACCCGGCGACAACGACUGAAGCACUUUCGGAUGGAAGCGUAACGCACCGCAAUGGUGAUCGUAGUGGGAAUGUCACCGGCUCGAAAACGAAAACUCGAUUAGCCAUCUCGGAACGGAAAGCCGUUGUUUCUCCAUUACGAAAAUCUACGAACAAUGCGGAGGAUUUUGCGACUGGAUGUGCCAGAAAGAUUGACUUUGAUUGUGGUGAUGUUCGACUUCCGAGUGCGAUCCAGUCGCCUACCAUGGUAUCGGAUAAUGGCACUCCUUUUACUUCUUGCGAGCAAAACCACACUAUGAGCAGCACUAAACUGGAUUUUGCGAGUCCAUAUGAUCUUCGUAAAGAAAAUCUCGAGACAGGCAUGGAGGAUGGUUGGGAAUCUGAAGGGAGAAUGCGAACACCGUCGCUGUCCAAAUUAAAAGCUGACCCUAGUAAUGCCGUAUGGGAGCCUUUGGCGGUCAGCACGCCACUGAAGAAACCCGCGCAAUCUAGAUUUACCCAAGGAGACGAAGAAAGUGGACCUAAACCAGCCGAUUUUGGGACAUUGGCGGGUCAGCUUGAUAAUAUUUGCACAAACCUUGAACAGUUAUCGGACAGUCUGAUUAGCGAAAAUCAUGUCGCUGAGGAAGGCGGUGAAAAUGCGGAUGGCUUUUCUAGUUUGCGACGGCAAAAACGUCAACGUCAUUCUUCCACGACUAUAGUCACAGUUCGUUGGGUGAUUCUAGACCAAUGCUGCCGGCCGCUAAAUUGCAUGCGUUGUACGUCAUGUCUCGAUUUGGGAAACAACAAGAUGAUCCGUCGUUUAUCGAGGAAGAAGUUGCUGGUGAACGUUCCGGGCAUAACGACAGUGUGGACUGAAAUCUGCUCUUUUGUCUGGUUUUCCUAGCUGGGAUUUUUCCUCUUCACAGAAUCUAAUUUUAAUGGUGUAAAACUGUCGACUUUUGUACGUUUCACUUUUCUUCAGCCUGUUCGCCAAUCGUAACUUAAUUUUGGAUGGUAAUCUUUUAUUCCGUGAGCAUCUUGAUGUUGACGAUUGACAUUGCGCAGCCUUGCUGAAGUGAAUUACUGAAUUUAAUGAAGCUGCAGCAGUUUGUGGAACGAGAAAUGCUUUA